AGAAGAUGUAAAUCAACCCAAAGAUGAACCAAUGGAUCAAGAUGUAGAUCUAAACUCAGAUAACGCUCCUAUCGAGCCGGAUGAAGAGCAGAAACCGAAAGAGGAGCACGAAGAAGAGGAAGAGGAGGAAGAGGAGGAGGAAGAAGGUGAAGGUGGCAGCGGAGAAACUCGCUGCGUGUGUGGCAGUACAGACGAGGAGUCCUACGGUUUUAUGAUCCAGUGUGAGACUUGUGGAUGUUGGCAACACGGCGUAUGCGUUGGUCUCGUCGACGAGAAGUAUGCACCAGAUACCUAUUACUGUGAGCAGUGUAGACCUGAGCUACACCCAAUCGUACUGCCAAAUCGUCCUGGUAGAAAGCCAUCACGUCACAACCAACAGAAGAAAGAAUUGAAGCAGAAAUCACCGGUUAGCAGCUCUAGACGGCGGAGUAGCUCAUCAAACGAUGCUCAAGAAAGAGUGCGCUCUCCGAAAAGACGCUCUACUCUCAACAGCAGAGACGCUGCAUACGAUGACGCUAUAGCUGCUAGCCUUCUCUCCGUACAAAACGACAAUCUGAGAGCACAAAUAGCUGAGCGCGAAAAGCAGCGUUGGGUGCAAUACGGUGGACAAGUCACGCCUUCUCAGAAUGACGACGAAAACGGCAAUAUAGAACAAAUAGAGGAACAGACUGUAGCUGAGGAUCAUGAUGGUGAUAAAGUACCAGAAAAUGAACGUGAACGUGAGCGUGAGCAUGAGCAUGAGCAAGAACGAGAACCCUCAAGAGAGAAGCAUAUUGAUGGAGAAGCUGAUUACAAGCCAAGAAGCAGAUCUGACCCGCGUGCUGCAGCACCUAGAGGUCGUGGAGGGAAGCGCAAAGACAACGGCAGAAAUUCUGCAGCUGUGAAAGCUAGGAAUAAGGAGAAGAGCGUUGUUAAUGACGAUGAAGAGAAAACUGAUAGCAACAGAAGGUCUGGUUCACCAAACUCAGCACCAGCGGAUGAGCGCGAAAGAGCGCCAUCUCGUGGUUACAAGAAAAGGAGGAGAGAAACCGACGAAUCAAACAAUGAAGAAUCGGGCUUCACACCACCAACUACCGCAAAUGGACCAAGACGAGCUGCAACAUCUUCCCGGAAGGAUAAAAAUCUGCAAUCACCACACAAACGCAAGACUGUUGCUAGAGAAAAGGAUAAGAAGAACUCCUACGACGAUGAAUCAAGCUUAACCUGGGGAUUACCAGACCAUUUGCAGCACUUAAGUCACAUGUUGCCAAGCGAGACGCCAGAAAUGCUAGCCUUAAGAAUACCGCAUGGCGAUACAAUCGACAUCGUACGAGAAAUGCCAACAAGGGUAAAAUUCCCAACUAAGAGAAUGCCAAUCGGCGAAAUGAAGCGACGCGUUAGGAGUGUGCUGGAAUACACUGAAUCGCCAGCUGAGAGUAUACAAAUGCUCGAUAACAUCACCCGCGAACUGAUCAGGUUCAACGAGCGGUUCUCUACUAACGCCAAACGUCGAGAAGAGGAAGAAGAAUGAAUAAAGCGGUUAUGAAUUAAUUUUGUACAUAUGUAAUAAUAGACUAUUUUGAUAAACUACUAUCAUCAUA